AAAUCAUUUCUUCUCCUCACUUGAACACGCGCCCUGUGCCCAUCCGCGGGCUGGGUGAUCGUCUCUCCCCUCCCUUCUGAUGCUUCACGUCUGGGGCCUAUUAGCUUCUUUGCGCCCCCCCGUGCAGGGUUUUCUUUCCCUUUCCCUUGGCCCCCCCGUUCCUUCUUGUUCCACCCUUGAGGCGCAUGCACCACUCACACCCUCUCUCGCUCUCACACACCCACCCUCCCUAAACUUGGUAGUUACAUACAGUAACUCAUACAUCUUGUACGCUUCUGAUCGUGAGGAAAAUAAAAUAAAAUAUAAAAAAUUGAAAAAAGUCAAAUGGAUUAAGAUCCUCCCAAAUUUAAAAGUAUCCCCAUUCCCCCCCUCCCACCUCGAAUUCUUUUUCUUGCUCCAUCAUCCAUUUGUAUUCCACUCCACAUCUUCUUCUUCUUCUUCUUCUUCGUCUUCUUCUUUGUGUGUUUGUUGGUAUUUCUUGUGGGGUAUAUUGGUUCUGCCGUAGCCUAGAGCUCGCACCAACCUCCUCCGUCGUCUUCCAGCUCUCCUUGUCGCUUCUAGUGGGUGAUCAACCUGCCACCGCCUCCUCUUUGGUUGCAAAAUCUCCUCCCCCCCAGUUGACGACGACUCUUGGGGACGAUCCACCCGCCGCCACUCGCACAUCCUGCCACCCCCCUCUCUCUCUCCACCCACUUGGGGCCAAAUUUGUCCAGCCUCGACCCUUUUCUCCGACCUCCCCUCUCUCGUUUUGCCAAUCUCAAAUCCUACUCUCCUUUUCUACUUGGAGUCGGGCACAGCCUGGUGCUUCCCUGAUC